GGCCCACCCAGUGAGGACUGGUACUGCUGCAGCCACCAGAGAUGACGGAAGUCAGACCUAUGAAGUUUUACGGCAUUUUAAUGCAAAGUUAACGCAACGUGAAACACUGUUCAACACCAGCUGCGAUGGCUGAAGAGGUCUCAGAGCUCUGUGUUCCAGUCCCAUGGGGAGAGAUCAGAGGUAAAGUCUGGGGUCCUGAUCAUGGUCGCCCUGUGCUGUGCCUGCACGGCUGGGCUGACAACUGUGGCACAUUCAACACCCUCAUCCCCCUUCUACCCAAAGAGUGCAGGUAUGUGGCGGUGGACCUGGCAGGUCACGGUCGGUCAUCUCAUCGUCCUCCUGGAGCUUUCUACUGCGCUCCUGCAUAUGUGGCGGAUGUACGCAGAGUUGCUGACGGUGUCUCUGGGGCUGAAGAAAUUCUCCAUCAUAGGCCACAGUAUGGGUGCUGACAUUGCUGGAAUGUUCAGUGCUCUGUAUCCUGAGAUGGUGGAUGCUCUCGUGCUGCUGGACGCUUACGGAUUCUUCCCAACAGAUUCGAAAGAAGUUUCCAAAGUGAUGAGGCAGGGGAUGGAUGAGAUGAUCCAGUUUGAAAAAAAGUCAGAAGAAAAGAAAAGAGUUUACACUUAUGAGAAGGUGGUUGAGAGGCUGUUGACUGCAAACCCGACUCUGUCUGAACAGUCUGUGCGCAUCCUGUUAGAGCGAGGUCUAGUUCAAGUCGAAGGAGCAGGAUUUGUGUUCUCCAGAGACCUGAGAGUUAAUUUUAAAAACAUGCUGCGCCUCAGUUUGGAGCAGAGUCUGGAGAUGCAGUCGCGGAUUCAAGCCUCUGUCCUAGUUGUUCUAGCAGAAGACGGCUUUGAUAGAAUAUUUUCUGAACCAGGGAGAUUCACUUCAGCAAUCCUCCAGUCCUUCCAGGACAGAAAUCACAAGGUGGUGAUAGUCCCAGGCGAUCAUCACGUCCAUCUGAAUAAACCUGAAGUCGUGGCUCCGUUUGUGUCCAACUUCCUGCGAACUAAAGCACUGUCAGUAUCAACCAAGCAGCACAAGUUAUAAGCUACAGACAUUUCCUAACACACUUUAGAUCACAGUUAGGUCUGUAGGUUUGUUUAUAAGAUCAACCUGGCUGACAACGGCAUUAAAGCUCCCAUGAAGUGCCAUCAUUGCUUGUUUAUUUUACAACUUUAUUAACAAAUCAAUACAGAGGAAUGACAGACACACUUCUGCACCUACGUAGCAGUUUUAUUUUGUGCUAAGUUAACCAGUUGCCAGCUGUAGUUUUAUGUUUACUGUAAAAUCAUCUCGUCUACCUCUUGGCCAGAAAGCAAAUAAAGCAUCUUUCCCAAAAUGUC